GGGGGCUUUCUGGGCUGGCUGUCGCGUUCCCAUCAGACGCGCGUGCAGAAGUUUGGGGCUGCAAGUUUCUGGGCGCUUCCCAGAGGCGAGGCGGCCAUGGGGUUGCCGCCGGUCUUCCCAUUGCUGGGCUGCAGCGCAGCUCUGGUUUCUCUCGCGUUCUCCUUCCCCUCCGGGCAAGGGGGAUUUAUUCCCACGAAUAACAGUCUUGGACCAAGAACAUUUGUCUAUUCUUCAAGCGAUGAAACAAUUGAAAGAUUCCCAUUGGAGUACACAGACUCAGACACUGAAAAUGAAUCAGAUGUUGGAUCAGGAUCCAUAAAUCAAAGUACGAUCAUUAGAGCAAUGCAGAAGAAGUUUCCUAAACAUAUUUCCAGAGAUGCUGAGCAAUACCUGACUAGUCCGUGGCUAACUCUUUUUGUUCCUUCAGUCUACACACUGGUAGUCACACUGAGUCUUCCUCUGAACAUAAUGGCGAUUCUUAUGUUCCUGGUAAAAAUGAAGAUUAGAAAGCCAGCCGUUGUGUACAUGCUGAACCUGGCUUCUGCAGAUGUACUCUUCGUAAGCGUGCUGCCUUUUAAAAUUUCCUACCAUUUCUCUGGAAACAACUGGGUAUUUGGACCAGAAAUGUGUCGUUUUGUCACUGCUGCCUUUUACUGCAACAUGUACUGUUCCAUCAUGCUGAUGACAGCAAUAAGCAUUGACCGGCUCCUGGCAGUGGUGUAUCCAAUGCAAGCUUUGUCAUGGCGCACUCUGGGGCGUGCUUCUAUGGUGUGCUUUACCAUCUGGGUUAUAGCCAUAGCUGGGGUUGUACCCCUGCUUAUCACAGAACAAACAAAGAGAAUACGUCACUUGAACAUUACAACCUGUCAUGAUGUGUUGGAUGAACUCGAUCUUAAAGGGUAUUACUUACAUUUUUUCACCAUUUUUUCUUCACUUUUCUUUUUGGUGCCAUUUGUCAUUUCUUCUGUCUGCUAUGUGUGCAUCAUCCAAUGUCUGAAGUCUUCUGAUAUCGUUGCAAAGCAGAGUAAAAAGACCCGAGCUGUACUCUUGUCUAUAUCUGUGUUUUCUGUUUUUAUUAUAUGUUUUGGUCCCACAAAUAUUCUGUUAUUAAUCCAUUACAUACAUUUCUCUUACAACAACUACUUGGAAAAUAUCUAUUUUGCUUACCUGCUCUGCGUCUGUAUUAGCAGCAUAAAUUGUUGCAUUGAUCCUUUGAUCUACUACUAUGCUUCGUCUGAAUGUCAGCAACAACUUAGAAGUUUGCUGUGUGGUAAACAGAGCUCCGAGCCCUGCAGUAGCAGCAUCAGUGGCCAGUCAGUGAUCAGGACCAGUCGAAGAGAUACAUGCACCAGUACACUUGGUAAUAGUGUCUACAGGAAGCUACUGACAUGAUCCUCUAGGGCAGUGGUUCUCAACCUUCCUAAUGCCGCAAUCCUUUAAUACAGUCCCUCAUGUUGUGGUGACCCCCAACCCUAACAUUUAUCCAUUUUACAGAUGGAGAACACUGAUGCAGAGUCUUAGGCGACCCCUGUGAAAGGGUCGUUCGACCCCCAAAGGGGUCCCAACCCACAGAGAACCACUGCUCUAGGGACAAAUGUAUAUCUUGUGCACUUUGGUUUGUACAACAUUUUUUAGCAUUCCCUUCCCCAGAAGCUCAUCCCUGGGCAGAGUAUGAACAGUUCCAGUCACUGGGCUGGGCUGAGCUAAGCUUAUUAGGGAAUCCACAAGGAUUUGCAGAGGGCAUCUCACUUUCCCCCAUAUAUCCCAAUCCCCUCCUCAUGGCAACUUCCAAAUCCUCCUUUUCGUGCUUCUUUAUUCCUUCCCAAGCACCCACCCAUCAAUGAACAUUUUUAUCUUUCUGCCAUUAUCUGCUACAUUAUUUAUUUACUUCCUAUAUAUCCCACUUUCACCGCACAGUGUUUUGUUUCAGAUUUUUCUGCAAACCUAGAGCUUUUUUGCAGGUUUGUAGCAAGAUCUGUCAUAUCAGUUUCCAGAUUUCAGAAUCCACCAAUUUGGUCAUGAGAGUCAUAGAUAGUAAUGAUGAUAAUGAUGCUCAGCAAAUAGGAGAAGAAAAAGGGGAGGGUCUGUGGCUUGGCGACAGGAAGGAAGCCUUGUCUUUAGUGCCUGGCAUCUCUGUUAGAGAAUCUCAAGACAAAAGUAUAUAGUACAAGCUGGAUAGACCAAAGGUCUGAUUCAGUAUAAAAUGCCUAGAUUUUUUUUAAAAAUCCAAAAUCAUAAACAGCCACCUGAAAAUUGAAAAGAAAUAACUGUUUCUUCUAUAGUUGGUGCUUAUAGCACUUGAUCUUUUUUCACAUAUUGUAUUACUGCCUUUUUGACAUUAAUUCUCUGACAAUAAUUAUGUGAUGACAUUGUUUUUCCUGCACUGGUUUACUGUUAAAAUACCAGCAGUAUUUUAGUCUGUUUUAGUUUGUGAAUACCUGUAGUUAUGGGAAGAAUCCUAAAUGAAUGUGAGCUUUGACAUUCUGUGUUCCUUUCUAACCUGUUUCCCCAAAUAUAAGACAUCCCCUGAAAAUAAGACGUGGUAGAGGUUUUGCUGAAGUGCGAAAUAUAAGGCAUCCCCAAAAGUAAGACGUAGCAAAGUUUUUGUUUGGAUGCAUGCCCAACAAACAGAACACAGAAAAAUAAGACAUCCCCUGAAAAUAAGAGAUAGCGCAUCUUUGGGAACAAAAAUUAAUAUAAGACACUGUCUUAUUUUCGGAGAAACACGGUAUGUGAACAUCAAAAUACAUUUUGCAUAAAAUAAUUCAACAGUUACAAGUAAAAUGUAUAUAUUUUGCAUUUUAACAUAAUAUUAUCUUGAAUUAGCCAAAAAUAUAGUUGUUGCUUGUUGGUUAUCCUGUGUUGAAAACUGUUUUAUAUUUUAUUUUCCUACUUUGGACAUUUGGUUAAAAACUAAUAAUAAAUUUAUAUACUUUUAA